GAUCGGGGACAGAAGUGAAAGAUUGAACUGAAAAGAAAGGGGAUAUUUCUCUUUUAUUUUUGAAAAAUUCCGCGGUGUUAGAAGGACGGAGCAAGGCGAGCGAGAGAGGGCAAGGAGAUAAGAAAAAAAAACUACACGUGGAUGUAGAGUCAAGAUCCUCAAGGAUUUCUGCGCGAAAUGUUGGAAUGGAAAUAUCAGACUUUCGCUCAGGAAGAGACUAGGGAUUCGCCAGCUGGUUUUCUUGUCACUUUUGGGGGAUUAUUCCUGUUGUUGUUGUUGAACCGAACGAUCCGCGACUGGUUUCCAGCGCCAUGGCUUCAGUCUCUCAUCCUCCCCGGAGCGAUGGAGCUCAGCCCCCGAGGUACAGUCACCAAAGCCCGGCCGCUUGCUCGGAUCUGCUGCGGAGACCCAGCUACUGCCACGCUGCUUUUGCAUUGAAACAGAUCUCCAAGGGAAAGGCAGAGGGGCGGCGGGCUCCACUCUGGCUCCGAGCCCACUUCCAGGCACUGCUCUUCAGGUUGGGCUGCAGCAUCCAGAGGCACUGUGGCAAGUUCCUGUUCAUUGGGCUUUUGGUUUUUGGAGCUUUUGCUGUUGGCCUGAGGGUUGCUAGCAUUGAGACCGACAUUGAACAGCUUUGGGUGGAAGUGGGAAGCAGAGUGAGUCAAGAGCUAAUGUACACACGGGAGAAACUGGGCGAGGAGACGAUCUUCACUACACAGAUGUUAAUUCAAACCUCAAAGAAGGAAGGGGAGAAUAUCCUUACUCAGGAGGCGUUGCUUCAGCACCUGCUUGCUGCACUGGCAGCCAGCAAAGUGCAGGUCUCGCUCUAUGGAAAAUCCUGGGAUUUAAACAAAAUCUGUUACAAAUCUGGAGUGCCUAUCAUUGAGAAUGGCAUGAUUGAGCGAAUGAUUGAGAAGCUUUUCCCCUGUGUUAUCCUAACUCCGCUGGACUGUUUCUGGGAUGGUGCCAGGCUUCAAGGAGGUUCUGCUUACCUACCAGGGAAACCAGAUAUUCAGUGGAUGAACCUUGAUCCUGUGCAGCUUCUAGAUGAACUGGGACAAUUUACGUCUUUGGAUGGAUUCAGGGAGAUGCUUGACAAGGCUCAAGUAGGACAUGCUUACGUGGAUAGACCUUGCUUACAACCAGUUGACACGGAAUGUCCUAUGACUGCCCGAAACAAAAAAUCACUGGAGGCUCCUAAUAUUCCUAUAGAAUUAACUGGAGGCUGCCAUGGAUUCUCAAAGAAGUUUAUGCAUUGGCAAGAGGAGCUGAUUUUGGGUGGUAUGAAGAAGGAUGCCCAGAAUGUAUUAUUGAGUGCUGAAGCUCUCCAGACCAUGUAUCUACUGAUGAGCCCCAAGCAACUUUAUGAACAUUUCAAGGAUGAUUAUGAGAUCCAUGAUAUCAACUGGAACCAGGAAAAGGCAACAGCUAUUCUGGAAAGCUGGCAGCGGAAGUUCGUAGAGGUAGUGCAUCAGGUGGUGCCUCAGAAUUCCUCUCAAAAUAUCCACGCCUUUUCUACCACCACCCUUAAUGACAUCAUGAAGUCUUUUUCAGAUGUCAGUGGCAUUCGAAUUGCUGGAGGAUACUUGCUAAUGUUGGCAUAUGCUUGUGUGACCAUGCUGAGGUGGGACUGCUCGAAAUCCCAAGGGGCUGUGGGACUAGCUGGAGUCCUUUUGGUGGCAUUGUCAGUUGCUUCAGGACUUGGGCUGUGUUCACUCCUGGGCAUAUCCUUCAAUGCUGCAACCACCCAGGUAUUACCAUUUCUGGCUCUGGGUAUUGGCGUCGAUGACAUGUUUCUCCUGGCUCACGCAUUCACUGAGACUGGUCAAAAUAAGAACAUUCCUUUCAAGGACAGGACAGGAGAAUGCUUGAGACGGACAGGGACCAGUGUUGCCCUCACGUCUAUUAAUAACAUAAUUGCUUUCUUCAUGGCUGCUCUGAUUCCCAUUCCUGCACUUCGUGCUUUUUCCUUACAGGCUGCGAUUGUGGUGGUGUUUAAUUUUGCCAUGGUGCUCCUCAUCUUUCCUGCCAUUUUAAGCCUGGAUCUUCAUCGGCGGGAAGACAAAAGGCUGGAUAUCUUUUGCUGCUUUUCUAGUCUCUGCUCAACACGAGUGAUUCAGGUCCGGCCACAAGAGUUUGCAGAUGCAAAUGAUAACCAUAACUUCCAUCCUUCUCCAUAUGGUGGGCCAACAUUUACCCACAGUACACAGAUCACCACCACAGUGCAGGCCUUCACCCAGUGUGAUCCCACUGGACAGCACAUUGUCACCAUAAUUUCUCCAACUUCACGCAUCUCUUCAACUCCUUCUAUCAUCGUGUCCCCAGCAGACCAGGUUGGCUCACAGGGGAUGGAACCCACCAGUUCAACCAGGGACUUGCUGGCCCAGAUGGAUGAGGCAAAAGCCAGCAGGCACUGUGUUCAGAUGCCCUUUGUCAAGUGGAAUCUAGCAGACUUUGCACGGGACAAGUACGCUCCACUUCUUCUCAAGACAGAAUCAAAGGUUGUUGUGCUAGUCCUCUUCAUGUCCUUGCUUGGGAUGAGUCUUUAUGGAACUACAAUGGUUCAUGAUGGGCUAUACCUCACAGACAUUGUUCCUCGUGAAACCAAGGAGUACGAUUUCAUUGCAGCCCAGUUCAAGUAUUUCUCCUUCUAUAACAUGUACAUCGUCUCUAUGGGAGGAUUUGACUAUCCCACAUCCCAGAAGUUGCUGUACGACCUCCACAAGAGUUUCAACAAUGUCAAAUACAUUGUUCGUGAAGAGAAUAAGGAGUUGCCCAAAAUGUGGUUGCAUUACAUUCAAGACUGGCUAAGAGGGUUGCAGGCUGCGUUUGACGAAGACUGGCAGACAGGCAAAAUCACCAGGGAGAGUUACCGCAAUGGCUCUGAAGAUGGAGUCCUCGCUUAUAAAUUACUCAUACAAACUGGAAACAAAAAAGAGCCCUUCAACUAUAACCAGUUGACUUCAAGGAAGUUGGUGGAUGAGAAUGGAAUCAUCAACCCUGAUACCUUUUACAUCUAUCUGACGGUGUGGGUCAGUAACGAUCCAUUGGGUUACGCUGCAUCUCAAGCGAACUUCAAUCCCCACCCACCUGAAUGGAUUCACGACAGAUAUGACACAACUGGAGAGAACUUGAGAAUUCCUGCUGCUGAGCUGAUCGAGUUUGCCCAGUUCCCUUUCUACUUGACUGGCCUGCAGCAAACUUCAGAUUUCAUCGAAGCCAUCGAGAGCGUCAGAGCAAUAUGUGAAGAAUUCACGAAGAAAGGGUUGCUCACCUAUCCCAAUGGUUACCCUUUCCUGUUCUGGGAGCAGUACAUUGGCCUAAGGCAUUGGUUUCUACUCUCUGUCAGCAUUGUGUUGGCCUGCACAUUUCUGGUGUGUGCACUUCUGCUGCUCAAUCCUUGGACAGCCGGCAUCAUUGUAUUUGUUCUGGCCAUGAUGACAGUGGAACUCUUUGGAAUUAUGGGGCUCAUGGGCAUCAAACUGAGUGCAAUUCCUGUAGUGAUCCUGAUCGCAUCUGUUGGAAUUGGAGUGGAAUUCACUGUCCAUGUAGCUCUGGGUUUCCUGACUGCCAUUGGAAAUAGGAAUUUACGUUCUGCUAUGGCAUUGGAACACAUGUUUGCACCAGUAAUAGACGGCGCAAUCUCCACUCUACUCGGAGUCCUGAUGUUGGCUGGUUCUGAGUUUGACUUCAUCAUUAGGUACUUCUUUGCUGUUUUGACCAUAUUAACAGUUUUGGGUAUCCUUAAUGGUCUGGUUCUACUUCCUGUUUUGCUGUCAGUUGUUGGACCCCCUGCUGAGGUUACUCCAGCAGAUCGAGGCAGUCGAUUGCCAACUCCGUCACCCGAGCCAAUUCCACCACCUAUGAAUCAUCAUGGCUUCUAUGUCCGUACAUUUCCACGUCAGCAAAGUACGUUUUCUGAAUCCUCGGAUUCAGAAUAUUACUCCGAGACCACAGUGUCGGGGAUCAGCGAGGAGGACCUGCCGCACUUUGACCAGAGUGCAUACAUCAUCCCACCAACCCACUCACGGAUACUGGUGGAGUCAGGAAACAACCCUAACUUUCCACGAGUCACAAUUGUGAAACCAUACAAAGAGCUUAAUGAUUCCUCUUCAAGGAAGAAUCACAUAAACUCAAAAGAGCAACCUCAGCCAACUGUGGAUUCUGUUAGUUCUCAACUAGCCUGGCAAGAACCUAAAGACUCACAACAAACAACAGGAGAAGGGAGACAAGUCUCUGACAGCGGUCUGCACAACAGGAGUGCUGUUCAACCUAUUCAACCUGUCAAUUCCUCUAGGAGUCAACACAGGUCUCGGAACAACAGGACUCACCAUCCGAGGACUACACUUCCAGCAUACUCAACCAGUGUGCCUGGGCCAAGUAACCCUUUCACUACGGUGACUGCCACAGCAUCAGUGACACUAGCUGUGCACCCGAGUGUACCACAGACAUUUAAAGGGUACACACAUGAAGGGUUCGAGGACAGUGAGCCAGAAUGCUUCGAGGAACCGCACAUAACCUCCUCAUAUGUGAAUCAUCAGAAAACGACAGACUCCAAAGUGGAGAUUUUUGAACUACAGGAUGUUGAAUGUGAAGUAAGGAGCAGAGAAGCCCCAAGUAGGCAUUAGGUCGCCCCACAUGAAAGUGGCAACCAAAGAAUGCUAACAUUCCCUCCACAUCCCGAUGUCCUUCAGCUCAAGAAACGUGUAAAACUGCCUAUGUACAUAAACUUCAUGACAGAGACAGUAAAUUUAUAUUAAAAUAUUAAGUUGCCGUUUAAAUAUAUUUUAAUACUAAAAAACAAAACAAACCUAUUUAAUGAUGUACUGUAUACUUCUGUAUGAUAUACUGUGUAAAGCACCAGAAAAUUCAGAGGCAGAGUUCUAAUGAAUGGUAAGAUAUGUAGUCUGUGUACAAUGAAGAGAGUUUUUGUAUCUUUGGGUUCCAAUAAGUGAUAAUUGCUUGAUUAUUUUGCUGCUACUCUUUUUAAAACUUAGAAGAUUAUAUAGAUUAAAAUUCCGCCACCACACCACUCCUGCUACCCCCCACCACCAUUCCAUCAGGACUUUCUUUCUAUGCAAGUACCUAGUUACCAUGAAAGAUGUUUUACCAGUUUUGACAAAUUAGUAUGGUUACCGAAGCAAUUUGCUUUCCUCAUAGGCCUGUGUAUAGGGAUGUUCAGAUUGUAUUAUAACGUUGUUAAAAAUUAGCUUAAUGACCUAAACUGAAUUCUAAUUCUUUUUAAACUUCGACAUUUUUUCAAACACAAGUUCAAGAGUUUAUAAAGACAGCUACCUGCCAUAGUAUAAAAUUAUUUUUCACCCUUUCCCCUCCAACAAUGAUAUCGUGAGCAAUCUAGGCAAGUUACUGUAAUUACACUGUGACUUAGCCUGUGGGCCAGACUAUUAAGAGCUUGCAAAGCAACAUGAAGUUAAAGUCAGACAUUGUGAUGAGGAUUAUAGAAUGCAAUUUCAAACAGAUGAACUGCCAUAGGUUAGUGGUCAUUUAGAGCAAUUAUAGCAUGCCUUCUGAACAUUGAAUAUCAGACACAGUAGUUGAGUCCUUUAGACUGGAAAAGUCCCAGCCUCAACCCUGGUCUGUGCUGAGUUAGUUGGUACUGGCCGAGGCCUUGAUGGGAGUGGUCAAAUUAAUCUCAGUGUUGUUGAAUUAUGGAGAAGAGAAUACAAAGAUUUAUUUUCCCUUGUCAGAGUGUUGAUUCCUUGCUAAGGUACUCUUCUGUGGAUGCCCUUAAAUACCCUAUCCAUAUGGUUGUUCUUCAAUGAGUGAAAUGUGACAGUUGAGUGAUAGUAAGCUGUUAGACAUGAUGACCGCAGUUACGAUAGAUUUUGUCUUCAUCCAAUGUUCAGUCCUCAAGAGCUUGCUGAAAAGCUAUGAGUCAGAAAUCCGUGAGGACUUUGUGACUGAACUAUAAGAAAAACUGAAUGAUGGCCUAAUGGAGACUUUUAAAUCAUUUAGGGUAGAAAUAGUAAAGAUUUUUCCACUUGUGGGGAAGUCUGAAACUAGGGUCUCUAAAUAUAAAUUAGUCACAGUUUAAUCCAGCAAGGGAAUUUUGGAGAUGUUUUACCUAGAGAAGGAUGAGAAUGUGGAACAUGCUACCACACAAUCAGGUUGAGUGGAAUAACACAGAUGCAAUUAAGGGGAAGCUAGAUUAGUACAUGCAGGAGGAAGAAAUAAAAGUAAAUGUUGAUAGGGUUAGAUGGCACAGAUUAAUCAUGAGCUCUGUUAGACUCCAGUUAGACCAAACCGCCUGUUAGUGAGGAAAAUUCAGUGUAAUUCUUUCAUUAGCUGAGGGGAGCUGGGAUGAAUUAUGAAAGCCUCCCAUUGAUCUUAGCUAAUUUAACACAGAAAGUGAACCAACAUCAUGGCCCAAAUAGCUCACUAACCAGUCCUUAUAUAAGUUGAACCAUCAGGUCUGCUUUAACUUUCCUCCUGCUCUGUAAAUGUCAUGCACCAUCACUUCUGCAUACACUCCGGACCACGAGUUUAAAAAGUUGUGUUCCAGGCAUCUCAGUGUUAACCAGCAGGCAGUGUACGAUUGUAUUAAAUGUAGUACAGUUUUCAUUGAUCAUUGCAAUUGAGAUUGAGAUUUUUUUUUAUUUUGUGCACCUUUCAAUUUAGUUAUAUAGUUUGUGUGAGUUUAUUAAUGAUGUCCUGUUCAAGAAAAAUGACACUUCUCACAUUUCUGUCUUGCUGGUGUUGCUUUUUGCAGUAUCACCUUUCUUAGCCCAAUAAAAAUAAUUAUGCCUGUGAGAAAUCGCAAACUUGGACCCAUGACCCACCAUACCAUGUGAAUAGUUACUUGGGCUAUUCAGCUCAAAAGAAUCUCACCAGUUUUGCUCCAUCCAUACAAUACGUACAUAUACAUGAUAUAACACUGUUUAAUGGUCCUUUCUUUUCCAGAAUUCUGUUUCCAUUCAUAGUUACUCUUAGUGUUUGACAUUCCAUUUUCUUAAAGGGUAUAAGGUACUAACAAUUUGUCUAAUUUGUAGUCUUGCUUAUAAACCACAGCCAAGGCCACACUGAAACCUGUUGUUUUUGACAUUCUUGAGUCCUGGCUCCAAAUUUAACCAAUCUGAAUUUUCCCUCCUCUAUGAAAAUAUGUCAAAAGACACCUCCUAAGUAAAGCAAGCAAUGAUUUGAAGUGUAGGCAUUUUGAUAAUCACCUGCAAUCUUCAAAACCAUUAUUUAGUUCUUUGUAAAAUAACAAAAAGCAUAAUUGUUUGAAUAGUAUUGGUCCCGAUAAUGGUGGUGAUUUAAGCAGAUCAAUCUGUGGCCCACCUUUUAAAAAUGUAUUAAAUCUAAUUCAGAGGAAGCCUAUCUUUAACACUGAAUGAUAAAGAUACUGAAGAUUAGUUUCAAAAAUUGGGUUAUUUUGCUGUUCAAAUCAUUCAUUAUUGCAUAAAUGUAACCUUAAAUGUUGCUUGUGUGUCUUCUCACAAUUAUUGUAUUCUCAUUGAACAUGCAGCUCAGUUUUCUAACCAGACUAAAGAGAAUGGAGCCUCAUAGCCAGUAAAAAUGAAUGAAUGAAAGUAUUUUAAUCGGUUUUUUUUGCCGGGGUGUUAUAUUUAUAUUUUUGUACAAUAUUGGGAAAAAAACGGUGUUUGUCACAGAGGUACUUGCCCACAAGGCUCUGGAUCUUAUGCUGAGCAACAUGGUUUGAAAUCGCUAGGAUGUCCCAAGAAACUACAUCAACAAACUUGAUGUGCCAUUUCUACCAUGCCACCUACCUGAACUCACUAAUCCCAACUCUGUUGAAAUAACACAGGAGGAGCUGGUAGGGUUUGUAAUUAUGUAUCCAAUUGUUGCCAAUAUAGCAAACGCAAAUUUUGUUAGACUGAUUUAAUUAUAAGUAUAUUUGAAGUAGAAUGAUUGCUUCAAAUUUCAACAUUCCGUAUCGGUUUUCUGAAUUUUUCUAAAUUACUCUGCCUUCUAACUUUAUUUUACAUUAGUUUUUUUCCCUGCUUUGGAGGCCUAACAGAUGGUGCACGGUCUAGCUUGGGUGAUUGUCCAUGAACACGGCAAAUGCCACUAGCAGUUGAAGCCCAUCGCUAACAAGAAACCUUUACAAACUUCACUUUAUCCGUUAGUUGCCCACCUUUCAGCCCAUCUGUUCUUUGAAGUUUUUCAUUAAAACAAUAUCUCCUGGUUUGCAAUUUCCAACACAAAAUUGAAUUGAACCUCUCCAAUUUUUUACUUCUAAUAUUUUCUUGAGGUAGAAAAUGAGAAUACAAAGUGCAGAGUAUAACUGGGCAUGAUGAUGCAGUCCAAUUUCUUAAUGAUUUCAAAUAAUACUUUAUGAAGUCAGCACAUUAUACGCAAUUAAUACGUGUUCCCUAUGAUCUCUGUCUUCCCCUGUGGUUUUCAAACUUUUCUUUAUCCAGGAUUCUCACAGAAAUACAACUCUUAGAGGCCACCUAUCAUCAAUUCUAAAAAAAACCUUAGCUAUCCAGAUAAAUCUAAGUGCUGAAAUGCUUUAAUACACAAGAACAGAAAACAGAGAAGUCUUAUGAUGUUACACUACCAUCAGUAACCCCUAGGCCUUCAGGACCCCAGUUUGAAAAACCUGUUUCUAGCCAUCUUGUACUAUCUCUGUGGAGAGCUACCCAGGGAUCAAUUAGCUGCAGAACCUGGAAUCCCAAGUGAUCACCAUUCACAGCACCAUUCACUGCAUGAGAAGCUUCCACUCUAUACCAAGAAAGUUUUUGAGUGAAAAUUUGUGCAAUGUUAAAAUACAGAAAUGAGGGAGCAUUAAGAAACCAUGUUAACUGUAGAUACAUUUGCCCAUUUAACCACAGAAAAUGUAGCACAAAAAGAGACCAUUGUAUCAGCUUCUACUAGCUCAAAAUUUUGCAUCUUUCAAACCAGCCAUGGGCACAGUUGGCGAUCCAGAGUUUUAAGGGUUCAUCUCUGCGAUUUGUCUAAUCACUGCCAGUUCAACAAAUGCAGGGAACUUUUGUUUAUUCUAGAACUUCUGUAAAUAUAUUUGAAGCAAAACGGGGCUGCUUCAACUUAAAAAAAAAGUGUACAAAUGCUGUAUCCGUGUAACAUGUGAGGGGGAAUAAGAGAAAAACAUGUUUUCUAUUGUAGAGUCCGGUAGAAAAUAUGUCUUGUCUCUUUCUGUGAGGUAAAAAUCUUGUAAAUUGUAGUUACUGUAGCAGGAAAGAAAAUAUACCCUCCACAUGAAAAAAAAUCUAAUCUGUUCAUGUGGGCUAUUUUUGGUUGAUGGGUAUAUGUAAUCACAGUUAAAAUAUUGUAUGCCAUAUAAGUUAUUUAUAUAAAAUUUUUAUUUUUGUAGUUGUACAGAAGUAGCCCUCUGACUGAAGUAUAUUUUUAAAGAGUAAAUAUAUAUUAUUAUAUUAUAUAUUGUUAAUUGGGUUCAUUACUAAGGUUUAGCGGCACACCUUCUAGUAUACACAUUUGCAGAAUGAAGGAUGUGUACUGAACUGUUACUGUCUGAGUUGUCAUCGUGUUUUGUUAUGGCUCCUUGCAUCCUAUCCAUCCCUGUUAAUUGAGUUGAUCAUUUGGACAUCCAGACGCUGUGACCAAUAAGCCUGCUCCUUGUGAACGUUAUACUGCCAUGUUUAGUCUCCAGCACAAUAGGAGAUUAACUAACACAAUAAAAAUAAAUA